AUAGGUAAACGGAGCGAGAGUACUAACAAUGGCCGACGACGUUCCCCUGGCGUUCUACCUGCCUGCCGGGCUGUUUCUGAAGCCAGAGGCUCGCGUGUGGAUAGAAGUAAAGCUCCCGGAGAUCAAGGACUCGGGAAAAUCCAUCUCCAACUGGGAAGUGAUGGAGAAAAUCAAGGCCCUCUCCAUGCCAGUCGAGUUCAUCAGCCUCCGCGUCUCGAACUACUCGCGGGAGCUGAUCCAGUUCGAGGGGGAGCUGGACUCCGUGCGCAACGUCCGCAAGAUCGUCCUUCUCCUCCACGGCAAGAGCAUGAAGCUGAGCGGGUUCUCCGAGCUCCUGAAGCUGAAGGCGAAGCAGGUCGCCUCGCCGCAGCCGACCAAGGCCGAGUGGGAGGAGCACUUCCAGUCCAGAGGCGUCUCUUCCUUCGACGACGGCCGGCCAGGUGAGCGGGCGGACACGCUCAAAAUAAGCGGUCUCCCUGUCAAAUGGUUCACCAGCAGAACCUCCAGUGGGCGUCCGUGUCACAAGGUCCUCGUCCAGGCCUUCCAGAAGUUCGGCACCGUGUCGCAGGUCGGGAUUUACGACCCCACGGCCGCGGCGGCUCUCGGACGAAAGGAGGAGAAAUUCUCUUCAUUUGGGCCCGGUUCCCGACAGUUUUAUUUCGAGGCGUAUAUCCAGUAUGAAAAGUAUGCUGGUUUUAAUAAUGCUAUGGGUGCUUUGAAGGGGAUGUCACUUCUGCGACUGGAGGAGGGAGGUAAGGAGGCCGUGGUGAGGAUAGCUGUGGAUUUCGACAAGACGGCGUUCCUGAGCGAGAGGAACGUUCGGAAGAGACGGAGGGCGGAAGAGAGGAGAAGGGAGGAGAUGGAGGAGAAACGACGCUUGGAGGAGGAGAAGAAGAGAGAGGAAGAGAGAAGGAGACAGGACACAGAGAUUACUUGCGGUACCACUGUUCAUGAAUAAUUAUAGAUCAGGAAGAAGAAAGGAGGAGGGAGGAAGAGGCAGCAAAGCGGCGUGCAGAGAGAGAGGAGAGACGGAGGAAAAAGAGGAAGCAAAGGGUGGCAGUGGUGACAGAGUUAAAGAAUGUCGCCGUCCAGCGAAGAGGUGAAGCCCAGAGACUUCUGAGGACCAUACUCGCAGGAGCUGCUGAAGAAAAGUACCAACAGGAGGAGGCAGAGAAGAGGGCAAGACAGGAGAGAGAGCAGAGAGAGGAGGCCGAGCAAAGGCGGAGAGAGAGAGUCGCAGAAGAGGGCGUACUCCGCGACAAGCUCAUUCGCAACGUCCACCAGUUGGAGCGGAGGAGGAAGGAGGUACAGCGGGAGCUGGUGCUGAGGAACAUCUCGGAAAGUGGGAGCAGUUCGCGCGAUCGUCGACGCAGGUCACCACGAGAACACGGCCACGGAGCCUCGGGAGUAUCCUCAGCUGUUGUCGCUCCUCGUCACCAUCGACACUGAAACUGAAUAAUUAUAGCACCACAUAUUGUUUCAUAUUUACCGACAAAGUGGUUCAAGUUUCCUGUAUAAUAUUAUACAUAAGCCAUAACGUAAUUGGUUAGUAGUUACGUUUCACAGCCAAAUAAAAAUGUUACUUUUUGCACAGUCAUACAUUAAAUAAUGCUCUUUGGUCAAUAUUAUUGCAAUGCAGAACGAGUUUAUUCACAGUCAAUUUCAGAGGGAAGGGCUAGACAAGUAGCUCAGUAAUGUGCGGUUGGAUCAACUGGCGAAAUUCAGCCAGUACCGCGUCUGACGGAAGUGGGAGGGGAAGGAGGGUGUGGCCGAUCUCCCGGGAGGGGUUGGGCGGGUCUGUCAUGUCGUCUCCACCAAUCAGAUUCAUUCUCAGUUCGCAGACCACCUUUGUGUAGGCCGCAGUACGUCUGGCAAUCUCCACCUGACAAAGUCUGCAGAAUGUAUACAAACCUCUGAUAAUAUACGCUCCAAAUAAUGACACAAUCAGAAAACCCCUGGAUAAAUAUGUUUCUACUAUUCUAGUACACUGCAGAGAAGACAAUCUCCCCAAAAUGCGUGGUCCUUAGUCAGAGGUUGUUCCAUUGCAUAUCUGAUGGUAUGUCUUAUAUGUACGUGGGUACAGUCUGUGCAUAUCUGACAGUAAAUAUGUGCAACGUCUAAGUUCCACAGUAUUACAUUAUCUGUCGGCAAAUAAUUAUGCAAUCUGAUUGGUCAAUUUGAAUCUGCCGACGUCUAAUUAUGCACAGUCACUGUGUGUAUCUGAUGUAGCUCUCUCUACAGUGGUCCUCACGUUUCUCUGGGGCUGCGAGCAGG